AUGGCGGCCCCCCGUCACAAAUCACAACAGAAAAAUAUAUCUUCAAUAUUCUCAAAGUUGCACGGAGCUUUUUCUGAUGCCGUGUGCCCAACAAAGCUCGCAACCGACAAAAGAACCCUCGACAAGACUUGGAAAUUGAUGGAUAAAGUUGUAAAAUUGUGUCAACAUCACAAAAUGAACUUGAAAAACAGUCCGCCGUUUAUUCUUGAUAUUUUGCCGGAUACAUAUCAGCGGUUGCGCAUUAUUUACUCUAAAUACGAGGAUAAUAUGCAGGAGUUGAAUAAUAACGAACAUUUCAAUAUGUUUAUUAUAAACUUAAUCAGAAAGUGUAAGCAAGCUAUUAAGUUGUUCAAAGAAGGUAAAGAGAAAAUGUUUGAUGAAAAUUCGCAUUAUAGACGUAAUUUGACGAAGCUUAGUCUCGUGUUUAGUCAUAUGCUCAGUGAACUAAAGGCGAUGUUCCCCAAUGGAACAUUUGCGGGUGAUCAGUUUCGCAUAACGAAGAGUGAUGCCGCCGAGUUUUGGAGAACGAAUUUCGGCAACAGUACGUUGGUGCCAUGGAAACACUUCCGCGAGGAGCUGAACAACGUCCAUCCGAUAUCGUCGGGUCUGGAGACGAUGGCGUUGAAGACGACGAUAGACCUCACCUGCAACGACUUCAUAUCAAACUUUGAAUUCGACGUGUUCACGAGGUUAUUCCAGCCCUGGAGCACGUUACUUCGCAACUGGCAGCUGUUGGCCGUCACUCACCCCGGUUACGUCGCUUUUCUCACAUAUGACGAGGUGAAGGCCCGCUUACAGAAGUAUAUACAUAAGACUGGCAGUUACGUGUUCAGAUUAUCGUGCACACGUCUCGGUCAAUGGGCGAUUGGCUACGUUACUGCCGACGGUGAGAUCCUGCAGACGAUACCGCAAAACAAGAGUCUCGUGCAAGCUCUACUCGACGGCUACAGAGAGGGAUUCUAUCUGUAUCCAGACGGUCGGGAUGUGAAUCCGGACCUCAGCAGUGCGAUAAUUUCACCGGCCGAGGAUCACAUCACCGUGACGCAGGAGCAAUAUGAGUUAUAUUGUGAAAUGGGUACCACGUUUCAGUUAUGCAAAAUAUGCGCGGAGAACGACAAGGAUAUCAGGAUAGAACCUUGCGGGCAUCUGUUGUGUACGCCGUGCCUUACUGCUUGGCAGAUUGACUCUGAAGGCCAGGGUUGUCCGUUCUGUCGAGCUGAGAUAAAAGGUACAGAGCAAGUUGUUGUCGACGCUUUUGUGCCACCGAGACCGCCCAACACUACCUCGGAAGCCAAAAACAAUAUUGUCAAGACUGCAGUGAAACCAGUGUCUUCGAAUUCUUCGGGUUCGUCGGGAUCGUCCGGUUGUAAUGGCUCAAGCACGGAAGUUAUUAUAUCGAGUAGUGCAAACGGCUGGGCCUCAAGGAAUACGACAUUCAAUGGCCUGACAGAUGACAUCGACGAUACAGAGGACUGGGCGGAGUUCAACGCAGCGACCUCGACCAUAGACUCACUACGUCCGGGAGUACGGUCGCCGUUAGCUUCGCCGCGACAUUCCCCGCGUGCGGUGAGACGCGUUGCCACUACCGCGGAGAACGCUUACGGGGAAUUACGAGCCCCACCAUUACCGCCGAGAAAAAGUCUAUCGCCCGCAGAACCCACCAUUGCAGCAGCGUCCAGUGUACAGGACAUCUCAGCAGCGUCAGCAUUAGAGCCCAGACGAAGAUCCUCGUUAGAACCGGAGCCCGAUUCGCGGCAUCGUUUGACUUCAGUAAUCACUGGCUCAACGGAGACAAUCACUGGACUCAUAGACACUAGACAUGAGGUGCCACCUGACCCAAGAGCAUUUGAAAAACCCCGACGGGCUUGCACCCCACAAUCGAAUAGCAGACCCCUGCCCGCCCCACCUCCCGAACCAGUACGAAAUCCCACCGAAGAGAAACAGACACCAACCGAAACCAAACACGAAAAACUCGAAACACGACACGAACCGAGACCUGUGCCCAAUUCCGAAAACCGACAUCUCGAUUCUCGACCUCCUGAGAGGCAGAACGAUCGAGAUAGACAUACGUACGAAAGCAGGCCAGAAAGACCCGUGCCUCUGCCUGAAACAAGACAUUUACCCAACGAUAGAUUAACAGAUAGACAAACAGAUCGACCAAAUGGAAGAAGCUCGGAGAGCAGGCAAAUGGAACGACACGUAACGGACGUUAGACAACCAGAACGACAUGUUAUCGAUCGGGACAGGCACGUACUCAUGAAUGAAAGGCAUAUAGAAUUUAGACAGCCGCCUGAAAGGCCGCCGGAUAAACCGGAUAGACAGGAAAGGAUACAGAAUACGGAUAGAACCAGUUUUGACAAUACUAGAGUUGAAAGUAGAGCACCCACGAGGCAAAGAUCCCUGCCGUCUUCCACCAGUGCAAGUGUCGAACAACAGCCUACUAAAUCGACGACCAUGCCGAAAUUCCCUUCUGAAGAUGUUAAAGACCCACCGUAUGAAAACGUUAGCGUAGAGAAGAAUGAGUUGGCCGUUGCACCAAAGAAAAUAAACCCGCUCACCCACGACAAACACGGAAGGAAGUACGGCGAUAACGUAUCCUACGAAAAUAUCAAUUUGGACUACAUUGCUCGAUUAGUAGGUGAAGGUUAUCCCAAGGACAUAGUAGUUAGAGCAUUAGGAAUAACUAGGAACGACUUGGAGAUGGCGUGUGAUAUAUUACACGAAUUCGGAACGAAAGUUCAAAACAAAUGUUAG